AUGAGAGUGUUACCCCGUGAAGUUGAUCCUUUGGUAUAUAAUAUGACAACUUUUGAACCAGGUAGUCUGACCUUUGGUGGAAUUGGUGGUUUAAAUGAGCAAAUCAGAGAGCUUCGUGAGGUUAUUGAGUUGCCUCUCAAGAACCCAGAACUAUUCAUUCGUGUUGGCAUUAAACCUCCCAAGGGCGUACUUUUGUAUGGGCCACCCGGUACUGGUAAGACUUUACUAGCAAAAGCGGUUGCAGCCACUAUUGGAGCUAACUUCAUAUUUUCGCCUGCUUCUGCUAUUGUCGACAAAUAUAUUGGAGAAUCGGCGAGAUUGAUCCGAGAGAUGUUUGGAUACGCAAAGGAACAUGAGCCUUGUAUUAUUUUUAUGGACGAGGUCGACGCUAUUGGAGGAAGACGUUUCAGUGAGGGUACUUCUGCAGAUCGUGAAAUUCAGCGUACUUUAAUGGAGUUGCUGAACCAAAUGGAUGGUUUCGAUUACCUUGGUAAAACUAAGAUCAUCAUGGCGACGAAUCGUCCCGAUACACUUGACCCUGCAUUGCUUCGUGCCGGUCGUCUUGAUAGGAAGAUCGAAAUUCCGCUUCCAAAUGAGGUUGGUCGUCUAGAAAUUUUCAAGAUUCACACUCAAAGCGUUAGCAAACAAGGAGAGUUUGAUUACGAAGCAGUGGUCAAGAUGAGCGAUGGUUUUAAUGGUGCCGAUAUCCGUAAUGUUGUUACGGAGGCAGGUUUCUUUGCUAUCAGAGACGAUAGAGAUUAUAUUGUUCAAAACGACUUGAUGAAGGCUGUCCGUAAGGUCGCUGAAGCUAAGAAACUCGAGGGCAAAUUGGAAUACGAAAAAUUGUAG